AUGGCGGAAGUGCAUAUCAUCGGCCAAAUUUUAAAAGCCGUUGACUUUGCCGAGCCACACAUCUAUUGCAAGUGGAGCUUACAAAGUGGCAGCGCUUGGAAACUCAUACAAGGCGAAGUUGCCGGUCACUCACUCGUCUGUUCACAUCGCCUAGAACAAUCAUCAGAUUUUGCACAUCCCUUGGAUAUUCAUUUGGCCACUGCCUCAGUGCAAGGUUGGCCUAAAUUGCACGUGGAAGUACAUGCGGUAAAUGUAUUGCAUAAUAGUUGGCCAGUAGGCUACGGAUUCGUGCAUAUACCAAGUCGCCCAGGCGCACAUCGCUUAGAGUUGCUCACUUGGAAAGUAGCACCUGUCACUUGGUACGAUAGUGUACGUGAGAAAUUUGGUGGUGGUGGUGUUGGUCUUAGCAAACCGGAUUUAAUCUAUACAGGAGUGGAGAGGUGA